CAUACAGCACAGAGUUUCAGUUUCACGAGAUGUCAGCGAAGUAGACAAGGCGGUCUUGACAGCGUGCUCGUAACUUUUUAGUAAGUUCACAAGAGUCUGACUUUACUUUUAAAACCUCAAAUGUUCCCGCAAAAGAAGGUGCAACAUUCUAAUCCGCUGCAAAAUGCGGGGAUUUUUUCUCAGCUUUUUAUGUGCUGGCUCAGCCCCUUGCUGCACCUUGGCCACAAACGAAGACUGGAGGAAAGCGACUUGUACCACAUUCUUCCCCAACAUGAAUCCGAGCUACUGGGACAAAACCUGCAAAGGUUUUGGGAUGUUGAAGUAAAAAAGGCCACAAAAGAGCUCCGAAAGCCCAAACUCACCAAAGUCCUUCUGAAGUGCUACGGGAAGUCGUACGCAGUAGCGGGACUGUUUGCGUUUUCACUGGAAGCAAUCAAAGUUAUCCAGCCGCUCCUUCUGGGGAAAAUCAUUCUGUUCUUUGAGAAUUACGAUCCAGAAGACCGUGGUAGUCUUCUGGUGGCUUAUGGCUGCGCUGGUGCCAUGUGCCUCUCCACUUUUGCUUUAACACUCCUGCAACAUCUCUACUACUAUUUUGUCCAAAGAAUCGGCAUGAAUAUGAGAGUGGCUGUGUGUCAUGUGAUCUACUGCAAGGCUCUUCGUCUUAGCAGCCAAGCAAUGGGACAAACCACCACGGGACAAAUUGUAAACCUCCUUUCCAAUGACAUCAACCGCUUUGAUGAGAUUACGCUCAAUCUUCACUACUUGUGGGUGGGGCCGCUACAAGCAGCUGUCAUCAUCACUCUCCUUUGGUAUGAGAUCGGGCCUUCGUGUCUGGCAGGUGUGGCCGUCCUCGCCUUAUUGAUACCCGUGCAGACGUGGUUUGGGAAGCUUUUUGGAAUCUUUAGGAGUAAAACAGCUGUUCUGACUGACAGUCGAAUCCGCAUCAUGAACGAAGUGGUGUCUGGCAUCAGAAUCAUCAAGAUGUAUGCUUGGGAAAAACCCUUCUCUGCUCUCAUCGCAGAGUCCAGGAGAAAGGAAAUCAACCAGAUCAUGAAGAGCUCUUACUUACGAGGACUCAACAUGGCAUCCUUCUUCGCCAGCAGUAAGAUUGUGGUGUUUGCCACCUUCGCGGUCUAUGCAGUGCUGGGCAACAUCAUCAGCGCCAGCCGGGUGUUUGUCACCAUGUCCCUGUACGGAACCAUCAAGAUAACAGUGACGUUAUUUUUCCCGCUGGCCAUCGAAAAAGUGUCAGAGACCAUCGUCAGCAUCCGCAGGAUAAAGAAUUUCCUGAUGCUGAAUGAAAUGAGUACAAGGAAGUUGACACUGGAAAAUAAGAACCCAAACUGUAUUGAGAUGAAGAUGGUGAACUGCUACUGGGAUAAGUUCCUGGAUGCCCCGUCUCUACAGAAUAUUACUCUCACAGUGAAGUCACAGCAGCUACUAGCUGUAAUUGGCCCCGUGGGGGCCGGGAAGUCGUCCCUGUUGAGCGCCAUCCUGGGUGAGCUACCUCAUGAGAGCGGGAUGUUGACAGUGAGGGGUCAACUCAAUUAUGCAUCCCAGCAGCCUUGGGUGUUUCCAGGCUCCAUCCGCAGCAACAUCCUUUUUGGAAGAGUGCUGGAUCCGCAUAAAUAUGAACGGGUCCUAAGGGCCUGCGCUUUAAAGAAGGACCUGGAACUGUUCCCAGAUGGAGAUAUGACCCUCAUCGGGGACAAAGGAGGCAACCUCAGUGGGGGGCAGAAGGCUCGCAUCAAUCUGGCCAGGGCAGUCUACGAAGAAGCAGACAUUUACCUCUUGGAUGAUCCACUGAGCGCGGUAGAUGCCGAGGUUGGGAAGUAUCUCUUUGAAGCGUGCAUUUGUGGCCUGCUGAAGAACAAGUGUCGCAUCCUGGUGACUCACCAACUUCAGCAUCUGAGGACAGCAGACCAGAUAGUGGUGGUCAAAGAGGGUCACAUGAUUGCCCAGGGUACAUACAGCGAACUGCAGAGCUCGGGCCUUGAUGUCGGCUGCCUGCUAAAAAGCACGGAGGAACAGGAGCAGCAAAGUUGGUCUGCAAACUGCGAUGCUGUGUCACUUGCUAGUCGCUGGACCAAUCACUCCAACAGUUCACUUCACUCGCACAGCUCCCUCCUGCCACCAGCGUGUGGUGGCUAUGACCAGCUCACUGCUGAAAAUGUGCACGCCACAAUGGAAGAGACUCGUGCAGAAGGAAAUGUCAGCAAUGGCAUUUAUAUCAAGUAUUUUACCGCCCACUGCCACCCUCUGGUCCUCCUGGCUAUUUUGCUGCUCAGCAUUGUUGCGGAAGCUGCAUAUAUUGUGCAGGACUGGUGGUUGGUAUUCUGGGCUAAUCAUUCGACCAACGACACAAGCAACAGUACGGUCGGGGCAUUUGAGAGAGGCAUCAACAAGACAGCCUCACACGCAGGCACUGAUCUGCCAUUUUACCUGGGUAUUUAUUCAGGUUUGACCGCUGCUGCAGUGAUUCUUGGCUAUGUCAGAAGCUUGGUGAUCUUUCACGGACUGGUGAAAUCCACUCAGACGCUGCACAACAGGAUGUUCAACGCUGUCCUCCGCACCCCAGUCUACUUCUUUGACAUCAACCCCAUAGGGAGGAUCCUCAACCGCUUUUCAAAGGAUAUCAGCCAGAUGGACUCCAUGUUACCGCUCACCUUCGUGGAUUUCUAUCAACUCUUCUGGCAGAACGUGGGUGUGAUUGCCGUGGCAUCCUCCAUCAUACCUUAUCUCCUCAUCGCCAUUGCUCCCCUGCUCUUCGUCUUCCUGUACCUGCGGCGUUUCUACCUCUCCACGUCACGAGAUAUCAAACGCUUGGAGUCCACAACACGCAGUCCAGUCUUCUCCCAUCUUUCGUCAUCCCUCCAGGGCCUGUGGAGCAUCCGAGCCUUUGGAGCUGAGGAGAGAUUGACCAAAGCCUUCGACUCAUACCAGGACCGUCACUCAGAAGCGUGGUUUCUCUUUCUGAUGACCUCCCGUUGGUUUGCGCUACGUCUGGACAGCAUUUGCUCCGUCUUUAUCACCUUCGCAACAUUUGGCUGCAUCUUUCUCCGAGAUGGGUUGGAGCCUGGCGAGGUGGGCCUGGUGCUGACAUACGCUGUGACACUUGUUGGACACUUUCAAUGGACCGUGAGACAAAGUGCCGAGUUAGAGAACACGAUGACAUCGGUCGAGAGGGUGGUGGAGUACACCAACCUAAAGAGCGAAGCCCCCUGGGAAACCUCCAAGCGUUGUCCUCCCAAUUGGCCGAGUCAGGGUCAGGUGACCUUUGACCAUGUACAUUUGUCGUACAGCGCCGAAGCCCCAGUGAUCCUUAAAGACAUCUGCGCGACCUUCUGUCCCAAUGAGAAGGUGGGCAUCGUCGGUCGAACGGGUGCUGGGAAAAGCUCUCUGGUGGCGGCUCUCUUUCGUCUGGCAGAGCCACAAGGGAACAUCUACAUCGAUGGUGUGUUGACGUCUGAGCUGGGCCUGCACGACCUGCGACAGAAGAUCUCGAUCAUACCUCAGGACCCUGUGCUGUUUACCGAUUCUGUGAGGAAGAACCUGGACCCGUUUAACCAGCACUCAGAUGCUGACGUAUGGAAAGCUCUGGAGCAAGUCCAACUUAAGUGCAUGGUGAAGGACCUUCCUACAAAGUUAGAGACUGUUCUGGCAGAGUGUGGCUCCAACUUCAGCGUUGGUCAGAGGCAGCUGGUGUGUCUGGCCAGAGCCAUCCUGAGAAAGAACCGCAUCCUUGUCAUAGACGAGGCUACAGCCAACGUGGACCCAAGGACUGACGAGCUGAUCCAACAAACCAUCCGACAGGAGUUCAAAGACUGCACCGUGUUCACCAUUGCUCACCGACUCAACACCAUCAUAGACAGUGACCGCAUUCUGGUGCUGGAUGAAGGUCGGGUUCAAGAGUUUGGUCAUCCCUCCAAACUUCUCCAGAACAAAGAUGGCGCUCUGCACAGACUGGUUCAGCAACUGGGUCCCACUGAGGCUGAAGCUUUGUUGGAGGCAGCUAAAAAGGCAGUGCAGACCACCUGAUGGGCCAAUACUGGAAAACAUUCGUUUGAAUCCCUGAUGGAAGAAGCACCACCAAAAAGGUUGAGGUUUGUCAGGGUUUCAUGAGAACCGACAGUUGAUAAGAAAUUUCUGACUUUGUUGGUGUUUCAUUGUACAGAAUACCUACUGUAACUUUUUACUUUGAAUAGACUACCUACAUUAAGAUGUGAUACAAGAAGAUUGUUGAACGGAUAAUAAAAAAACAAUUAUUAGCCCUUGUAGUGUAUAACCAAUCCAUUAUGUGGGGCCAAAUGUCUAAAGACCAAAUCCAUCAGAAGAUAAGGUAGAAAAAUAAUCAUUGCUUUGCCUUUCAGUUGUACCUGAUAGACAAAAUAGCCUUGCUCAAUAAAAGACAGACUUGCGAGAGAGUGGGAGCUUUAGGUGUGCAAAAAGUUUAUUGUUAGCAAGAAAUGGAACAAGGGUGCUCAAAGGUGGGGAAGAAUAAUCAAUUCUCCGAUGCAUCAGGAUUACAAUGAAGACAAUUCUGAAUCGAUACAAAUGUCCAAAUAUCGAUUGUUUACGUAUGUUAAAUAAAGUAAUACAGACAGUUCUAAAAUGCAAAAUUAAAGCUAAUGUUCUCUAAGAAUUAGUUCUAGGUUCGGUUCAUGGGAGAUUAUUUUAACAUAUCGUGUUAAUUGUGUCAGAACGGACACACACGGUGGAGGUAGCAUGAGAGGACAAGCUGUGCUAGUUGCAGCGCUAAACUAGCUUUAAUGUGAAGUAGUAAAACAAGACAAUAAUAAUUUCUACACUUCAACAGGAAGCUAAUGGAAACCAGCUAAGAAGAGGAAAUUAUUAGCAAGUAGAUUAAUACAUCAGCCACAGAUAUGAAUGAGUAGAUAGAUGACACAUUUCUUUGAACUGCAAGGUUAUGGCGACUGGAGCAAAGUGUCUGAACAUGCUAUGGUUUUAAAAGCCAAGAAUGUUAAAUCAAGGACGCCUGCUCGCCAAGUAAAGACAUUUACUUACUUAAUCUGUUAGCAGGCAGCUACGUUUCUCACAUAUCUAGUCUUCAUAUACCUGUAAAUGCAUAUCUAUGCUGUGCGCACUAUCGUCUUAAAACCGGAAAUUAUGCAAUACUGCAUACGUCAGAAGCCAAAGGAGGAGCCUUGUAGACAUAUUUUUGAUAUUAUUCAUGAUUAAAUGUAAUACAUUUAGGAUAUGCAGUGUAAUAAUGAUAAUACACUACAGUGACGAUAUACAAUAUAAUAAUUGAAGAUGUAUUUAAUAAUUGAUUUGCAAUCAAAUCUUGAGGUGCCCAAAGAUUCCGACCACUAACGGUACUUGCUCGUUGAUGUAAGUUGAGGAAAGGUCAGACAGGGUUACUUCUCACCCAAAGUCAGAUGGGAUAGGCUCCAGCACACCUGAGUACAAUCACUAAAGGAAAUUAAAGGGGAACAUUAUCACCAGACCUACGUAAGCGUCAAUAUAUACCUUGAUGUUGCAGAAAAAAAGAACAUUUGUUUUUUUAACCGAUUUCCGAACUCUAAAAGGGUGAAUUUAGCGAUUUAAACGCCUUUCAAUUGUUCGCUGUCGGAGCAAUGACCUUUCACCCGUGACGUUACAACGGGAAGCAAUUCACAAUUUUCUCAAACAAUUUACACACACCAAGUCAAAUCAGCUCUGUUAUUUUCCGUUUUUACCUUGGAGACAUCAUGCCUCGUCGGUGUGUUGUCGGAGGGUGUAACAACACGAACAGGGACGGAUUCAAGUUGACUUAGCACGGCAUGCUAUUUAGGCUAGUUGUAUGUACAUAUUGCAUCGUUAUGCCUCAUUUGUAGCUAUAUUUGCAUCUAGCCUUUCCCUCCACCCACAUUUGAUGCCAAACAAACACAUACCAAUCGACGAAAUUAAGUUGCACCAGUGUCAAAAGAUGCGAAAGUCCCUCGUUUGUUCUGCACAUUUUACCGACGAUAGCGAUGCUACGACAGAGAUGUGUGGAUAUCCUGCGACACUCAAAGCAGAUGCAUUUCCAACGAUAAAGUCAACAAAAUCACAAAAGUGAGUUUUGUUGAUGUUAUUGACUUAUGUGCUAAUCAGACAUAUUUGGUCCGGGCAUGACUGCCAGCUAAUCGAUGCUAACAUGCUAUUUAGGUUAGCUGUAUGUACAUUUGUAGCUAUAUUUGCAUCCAGCCUUUCCGUCCACCCAUAUUUCAUGCCAAACAAAUACUUACCAAUCGACGGAUUUAGGUUGCUCCAGUGGUCAAAAGAUGCAAUCGUUGGUUAGAAGGCGAUCGUCGAAUUCGUCCACGUUGCCUUUGUCCGUCAUGAUAUGGCUCAAUAGCUUCAGUUUCUUCUUCAAUUUCGUUUUCGCUAUCUGCCUCCACACUCCAACCAUCCGUUUGAAUAAAAUCGUAAUUUGUUGAAUCGCUUAAGUCGCUGAAAUCCGAGUCUGAAUCAGAGCUAAUGACGCUAUAUCUUUCUGUUCUAUCCGCCAUGUUUGUUUAUAUUGGCGUCACUAUGUGACAUCACAGGAAAAUGGACGGGUGGAUUUACAGAUAGCGAAAAUCAGGCACUUUAAAGCCUUUUUUUGGGGAUAUUCCAUGAUGGGUAAAAUUUUGAAAAAAAACUUUGAAAAAUAAAAUAAGCCACUGGGAACUGAUUUUAUUGGUUUUAACAUUUCUGAAAUUGUGAUAAUGUUCCCCUUUAAGGAAUGAAUGGAAUGAGGGCAGCAUUUGGGUUCAAAUGUCCAGUACUACAUGUAAUGUUAUUGAAUGUACUGAUAAUAUUUGCUUGUAUGUCUUUAAACCAAAUCUGACAUUUAAUCUUUGUAAAGGACAUGACUUGAAGUAUUUGAUCACAAAGUCCAGGAUGUUGUGUGAACGCUUGGUGUGAGUUUGUACAUCUUAAGUUCCAUCAUGUGUCCGACAUGUGACUCAAGAGACCUUUUGAUAGGCGUUUUGGUCGCCAAUUGUUCUUUUGUAUUGUAAAAUGCUGUUAUAUUGAGGGCGGCAUGGAGUAGUGGGUAGAGCGGCUGUGGCAGAAACCAGAAGGUUGCAGAUUCGCUCCCCCGCCUCUGGACAUCCAAAUCACUGCCGUUGUGUCCUUGGGCAGGACAUUGCACCCUUGCUCCCAGUGCCGCUCGCACUGGUGAAUGAAUGAUGAAUGAUAGGUGGUAGGCGCAAACUGGCAGCCACGCCUCCGUCAGUCUACCUCAGGGCAGCUGUUGCUACAAAAGUAGCUUACCACUGCCAGGUGUGAAUGAAUGAUAGGUUCUCACCACUCUGUGAAGCGCUUUGAGUGUCUAGAAAAUCGCUAUUAAAUUCAAAUCCAUUAUUAUUAUUUUCUUAUUAAUAUAUUUUGUGUUUAUUUGUUUUUUAGAAUUAUUUUCAAUGUAAGACUGUUGUAGUAUUUAUCAUUAUUUUUGACUAUAAUUUGAUUUUAUUAGGAUGUCAAGAGAUUGAACCCUCUAGCAAUACUGCACAUGUACUGAAGGUGUGGCCAAAAACAUGUUGUGUGUAAUAUCUGCAACAAGGUGAAUAAAUAAGAAAAUCUGA